CCGAUUUUCGGUAAGCAACAUCUGUCGAACAACGCCUUCCCCCACCCACCUGGACGAACACUGGCUCGAGCUCCUCCUCGACGAGUUGCCGGGGCAUCGUGGUGUGCUUGAGCAGCGCAGCGUGUACAGUCUCGGGGGUCCUAGGGUCACCUGCUGCGUGUGCGUGUGCAAACUGUCCAGGCAGAAUACUGGACUUCCCCUUUUAACCGAAAAGUGACCAAACAGGAAUCGUUGAAGUGACUUACGUGACCGUUAUUUACAGGAUUCGCACCUUGGGAGGACCAAAGGCGGUUUCAGGUGAAGUGAAGUGAGCAAGUGAACAAUUUAAUUCUGAAAACCACGCGACCAUGAUGCAUAAGCUGCUACCAAUUCUUGCUCUGGUGGCAUGGUGUCAGGCCGAGAUACCGGUCUUUGAGUUUGGAUCGUACUCUGGUGAGCAGAAGGUGAAGCUGGCACCCAGUGAAGCGCGCAUACAGGAAUUCACCGGUUACGUCGAUCCUACACCCGUGAACCCACUGACGGAGCCACCAACUACGUGUGUGGGGGGUGUUGAGAAAUGUGGUUACGCCCGAAACACACCUUCCUGUCCCUGGGAUCCGUAUGCGCAGCAGACGACAAUAACGACGACGCACACGGAAACAGUGGUACAAGAGAAACUUAAAACCGUUGUAGAAAAGAUUCCGGUCACCACCACCUCGACGGCAUUCUGCGGUACCACGAAUAGCUAUCUCCCACCGGAUGUCACGGUGUCGGAGCCACCGAUUACGAAAACCAUUACGAUCCGACCACCGCCAGUGAAUAAGACGACGUCGCUGCCACCAUCGACCAGAACGAUCAAUAUUCCCGGACCUGUAACAACCAAGACACGCGAAACCACGUCUACCGUCAUCGUCUACAACACUAUUACCCCUCCAGUGACGAUCAGCCGUACCGUAACGCCUACCAAGAGCAUCUUGUUCACUGCCGAUAGUGUUACCGUCAGUCGUACUAUCACGCCAACGUCUACCAUCCUCUCGUACUUACCCUCGAUAACGACAACCCGUACCGUGACGCCGGUAUCGGAGCUUCUGUUCUACACGGACACGGUCACCGUGAAGCGCACCAUCACUCCUACCUAUGUCAAUUCUAUAUUCGCGAAUACGACUACCGUGAGUCGUACGAUCACGCCGACCUAUAUUAGUACGACCGUUCUGCCAUCAACCGUAACGGUUAAUCGUACAGUCAUUCCUACUUAUUACAACACCUUCGUCCUUAAUACGACCACCGUGGACCGCACAGUAACACCUACCUCUACCCGAUAUACUUAUCUCGCUACGACGACCGUCGAUAGGACCGUUACGCCUACUGCGACCAACUAUUACACCUUGAAUAUGACGCAAACGCAAAUUCGCACGAUCGUACCGACCUACGUUGUGCAGAAAACGGCUGACACCACAACCGUUACUAGAACGAUCACACCCUCGUACGUGAGCAUGGUGACCGUGCCGACCACGACGCUGACAAGAACUUUCACACCGUCCAGCAUCAUUACGACGACGGCGGCCACUACCGCAACCAUCACGCGAACCGUAACACCGUCGGCCAUUACUACUGUUACCGCUACUGCGCCAACGCGUACGAUUACUGAGACUCCUCGGACCACGAUAACCGUUACACCGACGCUAAGCGUAACGCCAACCCGCGAAAUCACCGUCACUGCCCCGCCGGUAACCGAAACUGUGACCAACUGCCAGCCGGACAGACACUAUCUUCCGGUUGCAAACGAAAAGACUGUCACGCGCACUAUCACGGAAACCAAAACCUCCGUGUUGACCAACACCGUCACUGUCUGCCCGCCCAAUAAUGCCUACCUGCCAGUUCGAGAGACGGCAGCAGCGAAUCAACCUGCCCUAGCCUACGCUCGCGUUCCAUCGUUGGAACGCGACAUACUGCCACCGGCGGAUGAGGAUGAAAAUAAAAUUAAGUGGAUCGAUUAGGACGAUGUCACGGUUGUUCGUGCGCGGUACAAGACAAAUACUCAUAUACCUUCUCGUCGCUCAGCAAAGCUAGUAGCUGCUUUAAGGACUCGAAGAGAGGACGGGGGGUUGGGGAGAUGAUCGAUAAUUGCAAAACCUAGCCGAUAGCCGCUCAAAAGCGAGUGAGAUUAGCCGUAGGGUGUGAUUAGAGUAGCAGAAACCAGACAUAUAGAAUGUACAGCAAAUGAAACGAACAAAACAAAAAGAAGAACACAGCAUUAAAACUUGAGGAUAGGAUCGAUGAAGUUGUAACAUUCCACUCCACUCGGUUUGCAACAGCAGCUUCUGGAUAGCGAAUUCAUUCGACAGCACGCACUGUGAUGUGCGCUGUGCGUAUAUGUUCACACCAUCACUUCCUCACAGCGUCGAAAACUAUUAACAGCCAGUAGCGAUUUUGUGAUUCAUUUUAGUAACUGUUUAGUAAUUUCAUGUUUAUGCUUGUAAGUGUGCGUGUGUGUGUGUGUGUUUGUGAAUGUGUGGGAAUGCGUGAGUAUCGUGCGCCGUGUCGUUGUGUGCUGUUCGUUAUGAUUUCCCAAUAAAAUCUUCUUUUUGCAUGAAAA